GACGCUGAGUUUUUCGCCAGAUUCAUUUUUCAGGGAGACUUCGUCGCGUAGACAAGCCCAAAUUCGAAACGGGCGCCAGCAAGUCGAUCCGGCAGACAACUGCCAGUUGAUACAGGAGUCUAAGCAGCCCCUGCGCAGUGGAAAGUUACGCAGCGCGCACCCAGAGUUCAUAGUGUAAAGGAUAAGCCGGGGAUUGGACGCCAUAUUUGUUUUCCAAGCGCUUGAGUGUGUGCGUGGCUCAGCUCCGGUGUGUGUAAGUGCAAAGACUAUCGGCAGCCUUUGCAUACCAAGUUUUCCGACAUUCCACUUAAAAUCGAACAAAGUUAAGCCCGGGAAUACAAUUUUCAUAGCCAGUUUGUGUCUGUGUGUGUGUAUGUGUCAGCUCGCUAUGGACGAGUGUGCGUGCGCCCGUGUUGGUGGAACCCGAUCGAGAACGCUGGUGUGAGUGCAAGUGGCUUGAGUGUGCAGCGCAAAAUAUCCGCUUACCUAAGCGAAAAAGUUCUCUCGUAACGGCCUAAGAACCGCACCUGAGCACAGACACAGUCACAGAAAUACCUAUGCCAACAAACGUGGCCAGCACACAAAGCGAAACCAGAAAGUCCACAUUUUUUGACCUGCUCUUCGCUCUUCGCUCUUCUCCUCGCGCUCUCGGUUGGAACGUCGCUCCCCAAAGCUCCAGCUCUGUAUCUAUAGUACUACGUUUUCGUAAGUCCGCUACGUAGCCACAAUGGGCGACUCCACGCCCAUCUGUCGGUGCCGCGUGCUCUACCUGGGCAGCGCCGUGCCGCGCCAGAGCAAGGACGGAUUGCAGGGAAUUCAGGAGCCGCUGCGCAGCCUUUAUCCUUCGGAGGGGGCUGUGGGCGCCAAGGGCAUCGAUAGCUGGCUGAGCGUCUGGUCAAACGGCAUCCUGCUGGAAAACGUGGACGAAAACCUUAAGCAGAUUACGCGCUUCUUCCCAAUCGAGUCGCUGCACUACUGCGCCGCCGUGCGCCAGGUGCUCAUUCCGGAGCGAGGCAACGCUCACCCGGAGCCCAAGUUCCUGCCGCUGGACUCGCCCUUCGCCCGGAUGCCACGCGCCCAGCACCCACCCAUCUUCGCCGCCAUCCUACGCCGCACCACUGGCAUCAAAGUGCUUGAGUGCCACGUGUUCAUCUGCAAGCGGGAGGCGGCCGCAAAUGCGCUAGUCAGGUGCUGCUUUCACGCCUACGCCGACAACUCAUACGCCCGCCAGUUGGAGACGGGCGUCGUCGGAGGGGGCGGCAGCGUCUACGGCACCCUGAAGAGUGGUGCCGGCAGCAAGUCCAGUGCCGACCUGACCAGCGUGGGCCUGGCCAACGGAGUCGGAAAUGGAGGCGGUAACCACCAUCUAGCCCUGUCCAGUCAAGGUGGCUGGCGAUCGAGAGCGGGCAGCACUACGACGCUGAACAGUCUGGGACGCGCCUCCAACGGCCACGCCCCUAAUGGAUCAGCCAUGGUCAUGAACGGUGGCAGCACUGGUAGCGCGGCCGAAGGUUACACAUCCGUCAAGAACUUUUAUGGCAGCAGUGCUGACCUCAACGUGACCGUCGAUGACGGAGAUGCAUCGUACAACGGCGACGAGAACCACAAGGUCUGGAGUGGGUCGCAGGACCAGCUGGAUAGUAUAGGACCCGUAGAGAGUCCUUACGAACUGUUUGCAGGAAACUCCUCCACCUUGGGAAGGCCUCUUCGGGCGCGCCAGAUCAGCACGCCCAUCGAUGUACCGCCACCUCCAGUAAAGGAGGAGCGCAAGCCGAAGCGGGACAAAAAGUCGUCCAAGUCGAGCGGCAGCCAGAGCCUUUCCGGCACUCUCAUCCGCCCGAAGCCAGUGCACGCGGCAGCGCUGCAUCGCUCCGGCUUCCAGGGAGCGUCCGGACCUGGCAGCAUGAUCUACGGUCACGUUCCCAUGCCCGGACACGGACCGCACGCCGCUCGGUACCACACGAUCAGCCACCGGGGCUUUCCUCCAGGUCCACCAAGCCACCUGGCCCAUCACCAGCCGCCACAUCCUCCACAGCACCAGGUUCACAUGAUGCACCACCCUCACAUCGGUGGCAUGACGCCCAUGCAGAUCCCCGUGAUGAUGCCGCAGCAGUACGCUACCCUUCAGUCGUCUCGCUCUACCAGCAAGAAGAAGAAGAAGGACAAAAAGAAUGGCGCUGGCGGAAGUGGCGGGGUUCCCGUGGGCAUGCCCAUUGUACCGCCUAUCUACGCCUAUCAUCAGCAGCAGGCCAUGGCCACCGUCCCGUCCCCCCAGCUGGCCCAGUCCCUCAUAGGGGAGAACCGGGGGUUGGGCCACUCCAACCGCAAGCUGGCGGCAUCGAUGGGCAACGGGCUGGACGACUCCGGCAACUCGGGGGCAGAGUCGCCAUCGCCAGGCGGCACCGGCAUAUACAAGCGCAAAGGACACCUAAACGAGCGAGCCUUUAGCUAUUCUAUACGCCAAGAGCAUCGCAGUCGCAGCCACGGAUCGUUGGCAAGCUUGCAGUUUAACCCGCCGGACAUAAAAAAGGAGCGCGAGAUCGCCCAGAUGGUAGCAGGUCUUGACCUGAAUGAUGGCGAGCGACACAUUGGCUCGAACACACUGCAACGCAAGCAGACGGCCCUAAUGAUGUCAAAUGGCGGGGGACAGGGCCUUGGACCAGGCCAGCACGCUCACGCUCACCCUACGCAUCCACAUGCCAUCUACGGCCCACUGGGGCCCGCCAGCAAUUUUGGAAAGCCGCGGAGAUAAGAGCUUUUGUCCCUUUAAUUUAACUUUUGGGUUGAUCUGCAACCGCGAAUUUUACGCAUAUAUACAUAGAUUUACACAAUGUUUAUCGAUGCUGGUCAAGUUUAAAAUUGGUACGAUCGAAAGCGGCAAGUGAAGAAUUACAGAAAGCACUCUGAUUGUCUUUGUUGUACACCGGAACAAAAAUAUGGUGGCUGAACAGUCUAGCAGAGGUCUGGGCGAGAACUCCCACACGGAAACCAAUUCUACUUAAAUGAAUAUGUGUGCCUUAUUAGGUUUAUACUAAAAGUACGUGCGCUCGCUAGUAACCAUAAAUCCACGAGAUACCAUAUAUUAACCAUUAUAAUGUGUAGUGUAGUAUAUUAUAAUAAGUUUACCCUUUCCGGCUCGAAGGCGAUUACAAAUUCUAUAGCUUCGGUAAACUCAUCCCGCUGAGCCGUAAAUAGCCUGUAUGCAAUUAAACAUGUAUAAUAAAUACCUACAAUAAACUGUUAACAGAGUAUCUACGCCAAAA